CUGCUAUUUAAAACAUUGAGUCCUAUAUAUAGCCGGCUGCUCAAUAUAAGUGCAUGCAAACUAUUACACUGGUUACACAGGAGCCGAGUACGUGCGCGCAUCAACUGUUUCCUAGCAUAACAAGCUGAUCGAGCUUCUGAAGAUGGCGCGGCAGCGUACGUUCUCUUCCUCCACGCUCGCCGUGGCGUUGGUCGUCGGAAUCUUGGCGUCCAUACCUAUCGAGGUGCAAUCCAUCGGCGUGUGCAACGGUAUGAUAGGCGACAGCCAGUCCCUGCCGCCGCGGGCCGACGUGGUGCAGUUUUACAAGACCAAUGGCAUCAGCGCCAUGCGCAUCUACGCCCCGGACCCGGAGACGCUUCGGGCCCUCGACGUCGACGGCACCGGCAUCGACCUCAUGAUGGACGUCGGCAACGGCAACCUUUCCGCCCUCGCCUCCGACCCCGGCUUGGCGGCGUCCUGGGUCCAAGAAAACGUGUUGCCCUACCCGCGCGUCAGCAUCAAGUACAUCGCGGCCGGCAACGAGGUGGUCGGCGGCGACACGCAGAACAUCGUCCCGGCCAUCAACAACCUCAACAACGCGCUUGCCAAGGCCGGAAUCACCAGCGUCAAGGUGUCCACGGCCGUGAAAAUGGACGUUCUCUCUAGCUCCUCGCCUCCCUCCGCCGGCGUCUUCAAAGACGCGUAUAUGACGGAGGUGACCCAGCUCCUCAAGUCCACCGGGGCGCCGCUCCUCGCCAACGUGUACCCCUACUUCGCCAAAAGGGACACCCCGAGCAUCGACCUCAGCUUCGCGCUCUUUCAGCAGAGCCCCAAUCCGGUGCACGACGACGGCAACGGCCUCACCUACACAAACCUCUUCGACGCCAUGGUCGAUGCCUUGUACACGGCCAUGGAGAAGGCGGACGCGUCGGACGUGCCCAUCGUGGUCUCGGAGAGCGGGUGGCCGUCGGCGGGCGACGACCUGGCAACCCUCACUAACGCGCAGACGUACAACCAGAACCUGAUCGACCAUGUCGGGAAGGGCACGCCCAAGAGGCCCGUGCCGUUGGAGACGUACAUCUUCGCCAUGUUCAACGAGAACCAAAAGGAAGGGCCCGACACAGAGAGGAACUUUGGGCUGUUCAACGGCCCCGACAAGACGCCGGUGUACCCUAUAAGGUUCACCGGUUAGUCAAGACGGCCCAACUACAUAUUCAUGUACUAUACAGGAGUACAUGCAUAGCUACUACUUCGGUCGAUCUCAAUAAGCCGCGGACUAAUUAUUCAUGCAAGCACGUACUAGCAUUUUACUACA